UUCAACUACACCGCACUAACACAGUACCAAACCAAUACACCACGUAAAUUCUGGAAUUUUGACGAUGAUAAUAAUAUUAUUAUAUUUUUUCGUCUCUUCGUGUUCGGAUUGUGCGUGUACUGGGUUAGUGCGUUGAAAUUGCAGUAGUAUAGUGUUGGAGUGAAGGGGUGUCGAACUCACAAGCAAACCUCACCAUCGCAGACACUUUUGUUGUAAAUUACAGAUUUAAUAGUUUAUAUUAUUAUUUUAUAUUUUUUAAUUUUGGGCGAUUUGAAGAUGAAAAUCAACUUUUUAAAAUUAUUUGCGCUGAGUCAUCUGACUCCGGUCCAGAAAGCCCAUCUAUCGUAUGCGGUGCGCAAGGACAUCGAAGCGAAAGAAAUCGAACGGUUGGAUAGGAUGCAACGAUUUCGUCGAUGGAAAUUAAAGAAGUUAAAAUGGUUAAAUCAAAGAAUUAAGAACAAGGAACAAGAAAAAGAAAUGUUAGAAUGGAUUGGUAAUGUUUUGGGCGAGGCGAUUCCUAACAACGUCUCGUACGAAGAUUAUCUGAAAGACGGUGUCGUGCUUUGCAAUCUUAUUAACAAGAUUGCUCCCGGAUCGGUGAAAAAAAUACAGACUAAGGGUUCAAACUUCCAGUUGAUGGAAAACAUUCAGCGGUUUCAAGCGGCCAUCAAAAAGUACGGUGUACCGGAAGAGGAAAUUUUCCAAACGGCCGAUUUGUUCGAACGUAGGAAUAUACCACAAGUGACGCUCUGCCUAUACGCCCUCGCUCGCAUUACCCAAAAGCAUCCGGAGUACACGGGCCCGGCAUUGGGACCUAAAAUGGCUGAAGCUAACAAGAGAGAAUUUACCGAAGACCAGUUGAGAGCAUCCGAAGGCCACCUCAACCUACAAAUGGGAUACAACAAAGGAGCUUCCCAGUCGGGAUUGGGAUCGUUCGGCAACUCGAGGCAUAUGUAAUAGACAACAGUCGUCAAAGUAAAACGCGCACACGCACACUAUAUCUGCGUACUACUUCUACAUUACUACUACUACGACGUGUUACUAUGAUUAUUUAAUUAUUUCGUUCAAUUUUAUUAUACGCGGGAAUGCGACAUUAUUAUUAUAUUAUGUAUUUUU